AUGUCCAAAAGUUACAGCGCUAAUCAGUUUGAAAAUGCUUUCGUCUCCACAAAAAUGCGAAAUUGGGAAGUACCAAAGAAAUGCAACGAAUCCAAUAUUGGAGUAUCACGAAAAGCGACUAAAAAACCGUUAGUACCGAUAAUUGAUGAUCGAUACCAUCUCUUACCGACUUACAAACAGCAGUCGGGCCAGGAUAGCAACAUCAGAAAGUUCAGCAACUUUGUAAGCACUUGGGAUAUGCCGAAAAAGUUGCCAAGUUACAAGAUGGACGUAAAAACCGGACGAGACGAGAGAGCGUAUGAACAGCUUCAAGAGGAGUACAAAGUAGCCAGAGAGAUUCUGAACGGCACUCGACCGCCAGAUAGCAUGCUACCUAAGAAGCUAAACGCUGGCAGUAGCAGCAGCAGCAGCAAGUACCGCAACGACAACAGCUGCGGUAAUGAAAAAACCGUCUCAAACAACAGCCAGUACACCAGUUAUUUUGAUAGUGACAUUAAAGAUACCUCAAUACCAUAUCAUGUCGAUGAUAGUCAACUGCAAGAUAACGCGCAGUUGUAUCAUGAUACUAAUGAUGAUUGCAAUGAUAUUAAUUAUUGA